AUGAGGCUCCUAGCGAUAGCUUCCCUCCUCCUCCUCUCCACAACGGCGAAUGCAGCUCUCAAUGGCCACUGCAGCGUAAACGGUACAUCAGGCGUGUGCAUUUCCACGGCAAAUUGUGCUUCAGACGGGGGCAAGUCCACCGCCGGCUUUUGCCCGAACGACCCGGACGACAUCCGCUGCUGCACAAAAACCACAUGUGGUAACGGUGGUAGCUGUAAAUGGACUGAUCAAUGCUCUAACGCGACUGUCUCAAGUACGUACUUCACCCUCGCCCCGCUCGUUGGAGUGGAAUAUCUGCUAACAGGAGUAGGCCAAUGCCCCGGGCCCGCCGACUUCAAAUGUUGCCAAGCAUCAGGAGGGGGCGACGGCAUCCCGACCAUCCCAAAAAAUAAAUGCCAACCGCACGUCGUCACAAACGGCUACAUUAUCCUAAACCAGUUUCCCAACAAGGUACACACAGUCUGGUGCUACGCGAACAAGCCUGGCGAUCAUGGAACGGGAACAGCGCUCGACCUCAUGGUGGGGAAUAGGAAUCCUAUCGGGCAAACCAUCGCCGAGUGGGCGAUGGAAAAUCAUGAGAGACUGAAGGUUAAGUACAUUAUCUGGGGACAGCGCAUUUGGAAUGUCGAGCGUGAGGGGACGCCUCGCCCGUGGACUCGGUGGAGGCAGAUGGAAGAUCGGGGGGACAAUACCGCGAAUCAUUGGUACGUUUGAUCACUCAUGAGGUGAUUGGUUUGUGGAACUAAUCAAGGCCUUUAGGGAUCACCCGCACAUCAGUUUCUUGGCGGGUUAGGUCGCUCUAAGGUGGGUGUGAGAGUAGGGCUGGGGGGAUGAAAAAUGAAAGAAAGCAAGAAAGAAGAGUCUGCGUGAAGUCAGGGAGG